AUGUCCAUCCCCGCUACUACUGAUACCAACGAUACUCCCUUACCUUCUUCACUUCCCACUUCCCCUACCUCUCCUUCAUUGGACAAGCGAUCUAUCAGCACUACUGAUAACAACAAGAAUGGAGGUGAUCAUCAAGAGGAACAGGAAAUAAUACCGAGAAUACCUGAACACGAGCUGAGAAUAUAUGGGUUAAGUCCUGCUGUGACAGCUGAGAAUUUGAUCAACUUCUUUUCUACUACCACCCGCGUAUUAGGUGUUCUCCUUCAUCCUCAAUCUACUUUUUCUUCUACCCUUCAAUGGGCUCAACUUUGGGUCGGAUCUCAAGCAGAGGUCGAACGAUGUAUGGAUCUCAAACAACAUCUUGCUCCGAGCGGAAUUACUUUGUCAAAAGCACCCUCUUCCGCUCCGCCACCCUCUACUCAAGGUCUCAUGACUCCCGAGCUCAGCAGUACUAACCUCGCCAUCGAUAUUCGUGCUCCGCUCACGCCACCGUCACUUUCCAGAGGUCUGCGACUUGAAGGCUCAGGACUGGGAUACAGACAUAUCGAUCCUCAAGGUCCCCUUCCGAGGAACCUUUAUGUGAUGGGAUUACCACUUGAUCUGACCCAAGUGCAAUUCAAAUCCCUUUUCUCCCAAUUCGGCAUGGUCGAACAUUCCACUUUACUCUCACAACUUGAUGGAAUGGGUAGAAGAAGAGGGUUCAUUCUCAUGUCAACUCAUAGAGAAGCGGUAGAAGCCAUGUCAGGGAUGAACGGAAACUGGCUGGAAGGCUUCAAAAUUGACGUUUCUUGGGCGCUCGUGCAAAGAGACUCCAAAAAUUUCGGAUCCAUCAUCCACCCACCCUCUAUACCGACCAGAAGAGAUUUAUCAGACGAUUCUGCUGUGCUUGUCGAGAACUUGGACCCAGCAUAUUUCCCAAACGCAGGUGCAGUCCGAGAAAUCUUCAGUACUUUCGGUCCUGUUCAACGAGUCACAAUCAUCUCGGUUACACCGUUCCAAGCGGUCAUCAACUUCGAACACGAAGUAUCUGCUACUGCCCUCAUCAACGCGAAUGGUCUCUCUCUUGGUGGUCGACCGGUAGUCACCCGAAGAUAUACCAAACCUCCCUUCGCCAUCUCUUCUCCUAGUCAAGAGGCUACUUCGCCAGGUAGACUCACAUUCGAUCCUUUCGGCACAGACAUUACCAAUCGACUUGCCAAUCUUCAGGUCAAUGGUCCGAUCGAAUCUUCCAGCGCAACUUCCCUAAAUGCCAACUCGGCUCCAUUCGUACCUCUGCCAUAUCCUAAUGCGAGAUGGCUAUCUUCUUCAUCAAGUAACGGGCAUAAUAUGAUUUCCCAAGUCGAAAGCCCCAAAACGAUCCACGAUGAAUCUUCCGACAGCCUCAGCCUGACCAACAGUCGUUCCGAAAGUACGAGAAACUCUGGAUCCGCAUCUCUCAACGGUAAUGGCGGAUCCAAACAACCUGGACCGAAAGUUCAGGACGAGAAUAUCGCACCGAUCGGUCAUUACCCGCAUGCUUGGCCUUUGCCUUCGGAGUCGACAUUGGUUCCUGCUAAAUCACGUUGGACCAGUGCUCCGAAGUAA